UUUAUAUAUAGUCGUAAAUUUUACUUUGUAUAAUCUUAAGUCGGAUUAAUGGUUUUGUAUAAAUUUAAAAACAUAAACUUCAAUAAAGUACAUAACGGAUAAAUAAUGCCUUACGGCAAUGCAUUGAAUGCUUAAUAUUACAAAAGUUAUAACACUAAAUCAUCCAAAGCUGCGAUCCCCGUUUAACCCGUUUUUUUAUCGUUACUAAUUUCUGUUUAAAUAUGGUCACUAUAUGAACGAAAGAUGUUUAUACUAUAGUACAUUUUACGUUGUGUUCCCAUUUAUUUAUUAAUCAAGACACGCAAAUAGGACAGUCAUUGACAUUGUGUUAUCUAACGCACGAUCGUUUGAAAUGAACAUAAGGUUGAAAUACUCUUUUAUAUAUGUGGUUGUAUUCAGCAUAUUUGGAAUCUUACUUUUAUUGAUGCUGACACAGAGUGACGAUGGAGAUAAAGUGAUCAAGUGUUACAGUUAUAAAUUGUCGGUACCCAUAUCUUCAAUUGUGAAAUUUAAAGAAACGCUAGAAAUGAAGGAGAAAGACUCUUGGGUUGACGAUUUUAAACGUGUAACUGACGAUGAUUCUAUGCUGGUAUACUCAGCUUAUGCGGAUGGGCAAACAAAGGUUCGAGUUAUUGGUAUAACGAACGAUACGAACGCUGAUGUUAACUGUUUACUUUGGUACAAUUCGUCAAAAGUGGAAACGAGGCUGGUUAAAGCAUACAUAGCUAAUAUCAAUGAAAACCAUGGGAAAAGACACACGGCAGCUUAUUUUGUUUGUUACCUGUGCAGCGUACACGUCCCUGACGCUGUAUCAAUUGUGAGAAAGUCUACCAUUCAUUUUCCACGUAACAUUCUACCCGUGCAUGUAAAUCCUCAAUUAAAGACAAGGAGAUAUUUUACUAUGUGCCUGUCGCCAAUGCAUUCAUUGUUCAAUGACAGCGUACAACUUAUAGAAUGGGUUGAAAUGAACAAACUUUUAGGAGUGCAAAAGUUUUUUCUUUACGUCAAAAGUGUUUCAGAUAACGUCCAGGAAGUAUUGAAACAUUACGCGGCUACGGAGUCGAACGCUCUCGUGACAGUAUUACCCUGGUCAUUGUCUGACGUCAUGUGCGGUGACGUCAUACUGCAUUACUGCGGACAACUUGCAGCACUAAAUGACUGUUUGUACAGAAAUAAAGGUUACAGUUAUUACACGACUGCUAGUGACUUAGACGAAUUUAUUAUUCCAUAUGGAAAGGGGGAUUACACAUGGACUGAUAUGCUUUUACGUAUUCCGGAAUACAGUGUUUAUCUAUUCAGAAACUCGUUUGUAAUGAGAAAUCACGAGACUUCAAACGCUGAAAAAGGAAGUUUACCUUUAAUGAUAGAUUACACAAUGAGGGACGACUUUAUAUAUGGGCCACGUGACCGUUCAAAGAUGAUUGUAUGGACCGAUGACGUUGUAACUUUUGGAAUACAUAAUGUAUGGGCGAUGCGGUCGGGCGAAGAGCACGGAGUAGAUCCGAACAUAGGUUUAAUGCAUCAUUACCGGAAAAGUCCGGUGAUAUAUCCGGAAGGAGUAAAUGUUACAAGAAUAACAAGUAACACAACAAUGAAAUAUUCCAAAGAGCUUAAAAAGAGAGUUUCUACAGUUCUUGAAAGUUUAAAAAAAAUUUCAAAAGGAAAUAGAAUUGUAUGA